CAGUUCCGGUAUAACCCCAUUUUUGUACUUACUUCAAAACACACUCACUUCCAAGUUCCAAACCCUCACACUCACAGCAAUGGAACCAUCACAACCAAUUCCGUUACUUCUUCUUCUCAUUCUCCUGUUUUUCCCCUCCAUUAUCAUCUCAUCAUCCUCUCCACCACUCCCUCAAACACCCUCACCUUCCCCCAAAACUUCACCCUCUUCUUCUAAGCCAUCACCUUCCCCCAAACCUUCACCCUCCUCUAAACCAUCCUCACCCUCACCCACAUCUUCACCAUUACCCUCACCAAAGGCAUCUACUUCACCUUCAUCUCCCUCAUCCUCAUCCUCAUCUUCAUCACCCCUUGAUCCAAAGCAACUGAGGGCACUCGAGUCCCUCAACAUCCCAACCUCAAAGAACCCAUGUUCCCCAACACCACUUCACAACACAACCACCUGCGACAACUCGAAACCCUUCCGACACAUCAUCUCCCUCCGCCUCUCAAACUGCUCAAGCUACGUUUCACUCUCAUCCACAGCACUCAAAUCCCUCUCACCAACACUCCAAACCCUUCACCUCCUCAAUUGCCCCCACAGAAUCUCCGGCGUCUCCCUCUCCCACCUCUCAAACCUCACCGAUCUCUCUCUCUCCAAUGUCCAAAUCAAGGCCUCAGGUCCCUACGUCAUUCUUGCCCACAUGAACAAGCUCAAAACUUUAACCAUUUCCAAUGCUAAUCUCACUGGUUUUCUUCCAAAGCACGUCCAUUCCAACCUUACCCACAUCGAUUUGUCCGGUAACCAGCUCAAGGGUAGCAUUCCGCCUUCCAUUACCAUGCUUGAUAGCCUCGAAACUUUGAAUCUUUCUUCCAAUGGGUUCAAGGGUGAGAUACCUUCUUCCAUUGGUGACUUGAUUUCAUUGAAAAAUCUCUCUUUGGCCUCAAAUUCAUUCUCUGGGUCAAUCCCAGAUUCUAUAUCAGCUAUACCAGAGUUGAUUCACAUGGAUCUGAGUUCAAACAAGCUCAACGGUACAAUUCCAAAGUUCAUAUCUGAGAUGAAGAGCCUCAAGUACUUGAAUCUUGCAAACAACAACUUUCGUGGGGUUGUACCUUUCAACUCCAGUUUCAUGAAGAGGUUGCAAGUGAUUAAGGUUGGUGGGAACAGCGACUUGUGUUACAAUCACACAAUUUUGUCUUCAAAAUUGAAGCUUGGGAUUGCUCCCUGUGAUAAGUAUGGGAUGCCAAUGUCUCCUCCACCAUCAAAGGAUUCUUCUUCUUCUGAGGAUGAUAGCAGUGAUGAUGAUUAUGAUGACGAUGAUGAUACCAGUCACAAGAAAGGGCACCAUCAUGGUCCUAACAAGGUGGUUCUUGGUGUCGCCAUUGCUCUUUCUUCCAUUGUUUUCCUCAUUGUUUUCCUCAUCUUGUGCUCAAAGUGCUGUCGGUGAUGCAAAAUUUCAUUUUAUUGGUUUUAAGGACUUAGGUUAGGAGAAUUUAUUAUUUGUUUAAGUCUGAUGCUUUUGUUAAAAUGCACUGAUUAAUUAUACAUUGGUUGCAAAAAUGGGGAAGAAUUUAUUUAUUUAUUUUUGGUGUGGAUAAUGUAUGGAAGGUACCCAAUAGGAUAGGAAGAAUCAUUAAAUUGAUGUCAAUAUGUUUCUUUUUCUAUGUUGUCAAAUUGCUACUGUCUCAAUUCUUUUAAUUUUGGCUA